UUUUGAAGAAGUAAUGGUCUCUGACAUCACUGUGCACAGCAAGUCUGCGAGUGGUUAGGUUGGGGCAACAGAGGAAGCCAACUCCUUCGCAGAUAAGCAGGCAGUGUAAUAGAGAGACACAUGCUGCUUCGUAAGGAUACGUCUGAUUUCCAGAAAUAACCAUGUUUUUGCGCCUUAAACUCUUGGCAUUUGGUGUUGCCUUUCUGUGCCAGGAUGCUUUUGCCCAAGAAGGAAAUGAUAAUCUGACCUCUGCCAGCUCUCUCUCCUCUACGUUACCUACACCUACACGCUCCACAUCAUUCUCACCUCCAAGCACCGCUGCAGGAGUUCAGCCAGCAGCAACAGGUGCCUCUCCCGCAGCCAGCACACACCUCUCCACGCACACAGGCUCCGGUCCGACCACGGGACUCAGCCACUCGCAGCAUAGCAGCCCUGUUGCCCUCACCACACACACUCUCACUGCCUUUCAUCAGCCUGCAUCAGAUUAUUACAGUUCAGUAUCCUUGCACAGCACCACAUCACCAGUCACCACGCCAGCAAGCACUGAGACCAUCCCCACUAGCACAAUAGAAAGUACUACAACAGCAAAAGAAUCUUGUGAUAACGAUAUUGAUGACGUGACUAUAGUAGACAAGAAUAACUUAGCUGAAGUUACGCUAAAGAAUCUCAAAGGAAACAGAACCUAUUAUAUUUUGGGGAAAGGUGGGGAGAGCUCACAAGUGAGUGCCAGCAACAACACAGCAGUGCUUAAGCGGUGCAAAAGAUAUACAGUUAGAUCUGAUAAUUGCAACGACAUGUAUCUUACUAUUCCACCUGAUGAAAAAAGGUACACUUUUAAUAACUCAUGCAUUGGAAACAACUCUGCAACACUGCCUUUACAUUCUUUAUGUAGAGAUUGUGAAGAUGGCUGUCCCAAUGUGACUGCUAGCUGCAAAACAAAUAAUCCAAAUUCAAAAUACACUUGGAGAUUAAUUGAUGACUCCAUAUUUCUAAAGUCUUUAUCAUCAGACAGUGAGUACAACUGCAGUGUUACAGUACAUUUUUUUGAAAAGAACUUCACCAAAGAAAUCAAAAUAACCACAGAUUAUGAUGCUCCAAAAGCACCAGAAAAUCUUACGGUACAUCCUACUGCCACAAAAGUAACUCUUACGUGGAUGAAACCUGCCAACACAUCAGAAAACUAUGUAGAUGGCUACAUUGUGAUGUGCAAUGACACUGUUAAAUACGUUACCAUGAAUCAGACCAACUUUACUUGUAUUGAUUUAGAACCUUAUACUGAUGUCUCUGUGUCUGUAAAAGCAUUUAAAAACAGCAAGUGUGGGAAUGAAAUCUUUUUGGGACAUCCAGUGAAAGUCUGCUUGAAAACACAACCAGCAAAACCAGAGAAAGUGGCUGGCUUCAAACUAAAGUUGGUGGCUGAUAAUACUGUCAAAGUUGAAUGCAGAAGUCAAAAAGUGUAUGGAAGUGAAACAAAAUUUGAAUUGGCUUGGAAUUCCAGCAGUGGGAGUGAGAAAAAGAGUAAGAAUGAAUGCGAUUUUACAAUAAAAGAUCUCUCUUACUUGACAAAAUAUACCUUUAAGAUCUCCGUGAAUAAUGGAUUUUAUACAGGAGACUCAGUAUGUGAAGAAAUACAUACCAGAUAUAACUCGAGGGCCCUGAUUAUAUUCUUGGUGUUCUUGAUUGUUGUGACAUCAAUUGCUUUACUACUGGUUCUGUAUAAAAUCUAUGACCUUCACCAAAAAAAGCUUAGCAAUUCUUCUGAAGUCAUCAGCCUUGUAGGUGAGCCAGUAAAGAUAAAUGUUCGACAUAUUUACACAGUUAAAGAUGAUGAAAGGCAGCUUUUGAACAUAGAUCCAAUACCUUCAGAGAAAUUGUUGGAGACAUACAAGAGGAAGAUUGCUGACGAAGGAAGACUUUUCUUGGAUGAAUUUCAGAGCAUACCAAGAAUUUUCACUAAAUUUCCAAUGAAGGAGGCCAAGAGGAGCCAUAAUCAGAACAAAAACCGUUACAUCGAUAUUCUUCCAUAUGAUCAUAACCGUGUUGAGCUCUCUGAGAUUCCAGGAGACCCGGGAUCAGACUAUAUCAACGCGAGUUAUAUUGAUGGCUUCAAAGAACCAAGAAAAUAUAUUGCUGCACAAGGUCCCAAGGAUGAAACCACGGAUGAUUUCUGGAGAAUGAUCUGGGAACAGAAAGCAACAAUUAUUGUCAUGGUUACUCGCUGUGAGGAAGGAAACAGGAACAAGUGUGCCCAGUACUGGCCAUCAAUGGAGAAUGGCUCUGCAACAUAUGGAGACAUUAUUGUGAAGAUCAAUGAAAGUAAGAUGUGUCCAGACUAUAUAAUUCAGAAACUACACAUCACAAAUGGAAGAGAAAGAACAUCUGGAAGAGAUGUAACUCACAUUCAGUUCACCAGCUGGCCAGACCAUGGUGUUCCUGAGGAUCCACAUCUCCUUCUCAAACUCCGACGCAGAGUGAAUGCUCUCAGCAACUUUUUUAGUGGCCCAAUAGUGGUUCAUUGCAGUGCUGGAGUUGGGCGCACUGGGACCUACAUUGGAAUUGAUGCUAUGUUGGAGGGGUUGGAUGCAGAAGGCAGAGUGGAUGUUUAUGGCUACGUUGUGAAGCUGCGCCGGCAGCGAUGCCUCAUGGUUCAAGUAGAGUCACAGUACAUCCUUAUCCAUCAAGCACUAGUGGAAUACAAUCAGUAUGGAGAAACAGAGGUCAGCCUCUCAGAACUACAUUCCUAUCUUAACAAUCUGAAAAGAAAAGAUCCUCCAAGUGAACCUUCUCUACUUGAGGCAGAAUUUCAGAGACUACCUUCCUACAAGGGAUGGCGGACACAGAACACUGGGAAUAGAGAGGAAAAUAAAAACAAAAAUAGGAGUGCCAACACAAUUCCAUAUGACUUUAACCGAGUGCCAAUCAGGAAUGAAGAGGAACAAAGUAAGGAGGGCGAACACGACUCAGAGGACUCCUCAGAUGAGGAGAGUGACUGUGAAGAAUCAAGCAAAUACAUUAAUGCUUCCUUCAUAACUGGUUACUGGGGUCCAAAAGCUAUGAUUGCAACGCAAGGACCACUGCAGGAAACUAUCUCUGACUUCUGGCAAAUGGUAUUCCAAAGAAAAGUCAAAGUCAUUGUUAUGCUGACAGAGCUGAAACAAGGGGAUGAGGAACUCUGUGCACAGUACUGGGGAGAAGGAAGACAAACAUAUGAUGGCAUAGAAGUUCAAAUGACAGAUGUCAACUCUUGUCCUAGCUACACCAUACGCGCAUUUGAUGUCACACAUCUGAAGAGGAAAGAAACGCAGAAGGUGUAUCAGUAUCAAUAUCACAAGUGGAAUGGAUUGGAUGUUCCCGAGGACCCCAAAGAUUUAGUUGAUAUGAUUCUAAGCCUUAAACAAAAAGUGCCAGCCAGAGCAGCCUCUGAGGACAACAGGAACAGCCGCACUGUCCCACUUGUCAUCCACUGCUGUGAUGGAUCACAGCAGACUGGUGUGUUUUGUGCUUUGAUGACCCUCUUGGAAAGUGCAGAAACUGAAGAAGUAAUAGAUGUUUUCCAAGUAGUAAAAGCUCUUCGUCGCAGCAGGCUGGGAGUGGUCUCUACCUUUGAACAUUACCAAUUUCUGUAUGACACCAUUGCUCGUACCUAUCCUGCCCAGAAUGGACAAAUAAAGAACAGCCAGCAGGAAGAUAAGGUUGAAUUUUGCAACGAAGUAGAGAAAAAAGAUCAGGAAACUGAUUUGAUCACUAUUGACCUUACUCCAUCAACUCCAGAGGCAAAUGAUGCUCCUGAAUGUUGUGAUGAUUUUAAGGCUGCAGACACAAAUAAGGGGACAGAAAGUUCUACGAAUGGGCCCACAACUCCAGUUUUAACUUAGAAAAUUUUUUGGUAUUUUCAUACCAAACAAAUCUUAACCACAGUAAGAAACAUGAUUUUUUUCCCCCUCCCUUUUGGAGAACAUUUAUAUUGGAUUUUCAAAGGUACAAAUUUAAAGCAAUACUUGAAACUUCUAAAGAGUGACAAAGAACUGUGAAAGUUAAAUUUUUUGUAGAUUUGCGUCUAAUGCUUCAAAAGCCUCCUCACUAUCUUUAUACUUUUCCAUUUUAAAAUAUGUACAGUGUAAUACUAUAUUCUUAUUUUGAGCAGUGGGAAGUUUUUUUCUUCAAUUCUCUAAGAAGGAGAAAAGCAAAUCAACGCACCAUGGCAAGCAUGUUGCUAACGCAGCUCUGUGUUCAAAGCUUUCAGCAAGUAGAGCAACAUAAUGGGUAAGCAUGCCUCCUAUCAUUUCAGGACUGCUGGCUAAGAAUUGCUUUAAUAAUACUCUGAGGAACUUGUGGGACUUUGCCAAAGAAUUCAAGAUUCUGACCCUCUAUCCUCCCAAAUCAAUGUGGAACAGAAGUUUUGCAUUUCUCUGUCUUGCCUCAAGAUGUCCUUGUUGCUCCACAAAAAUUCAUCUGCAAUUUCAAUAUUAGACUCGAAGAAGGGUUUGAGAUUUAAAUGACUGCAACAGUUCUGACAGAAAACGCAUUCUGUUUAUUCUUAGAGAUGGAAAUGCUUGCACAUUUAUUUCUUAUGCUUAUAUCCUGUGAUUUGAAGAGAAUACUUCCACAAAUGCACAUGACUUGUUUUCAGAGCUGGAAAAUACUUACAUGCUUUUCUCCAAAGUGUAGAUUUUUAUUAGUACAGGGAUUUUAUUUUAUUUUUGAGAUUUUAUAUGUUAUAGCUAUGAUAAUUUUACUGUUUCUUGCUGCAUUCUAGCGAAUUAGUUAACAAAGUGGUAAUUGUUUUCUUCUGUUGAAGUCUCUAAACUGGCCAUUUUCUUCUAAAGGCCCAAAAUCUUGUUCUAUCCAACAUGUGGAUUUAAAAAAAACCAACAAAUUUCAUUAGGAAAAGACACCAUUAAAUUCUUAUGAAAAUA